AUGGCUCCUAAGUUGUCCCUCCAGAUCUUUUCUGCACCCAUAUUUCUUGUUUUAUUAACAGUUCCUCUGUCCAGCGCAACUCUUGGAGUCCAAUACUAUGAUCAAACAUGUCCUCAUGCUGAAAAUAUUAUUUAUCAAACAAUUCGAAUCGCUUCGUAUCACAAUCAUAAAGUCCCCGCACGUAUUCUGAGGAUGUUCUUCCAUGAUUGUUCCAUUAGAGGAUGUGAUGCAUCGGUUCUAUUGGAUUCAACACCAGGAAACAAAGCAGAGAAAGAUGGUCCGCUUAACAUCUCUCUUAGAGCUUUCUAUGUGAUCGAUGAUGCCAAAAUUAAGCUCGAAAAGGCUUGCCCCCAAACUGUUUCUUGUGCUGACAUACUUGCCAUCGCAGCUAGAGAUGUCGUGGCUAUGACUGCAGGUCCAUACUGGAACGUACUAAAAGGAAGAAAAGAUGGAAGGGUGUCAAGGGCCAAUGAGACAAUUAACUUACCACUUCCAUCCUUCAACACGAGCCAACUCAUUCAGAGCUUUGGCAACAUGGGUUUGGGAGUGAAAGAUUUGGUUGCUCUCUCUGGUGGACACACGCUCGGGUUUUCGCACUGCUCUUCAUUUGAAGACAGGCUUCAUAACUUCAGUCCAGUGCACGACACUGACCCCAGCAUGAACGCACUAUUUGCAGAGAGCUUAAAGAAGAAGUGCCCGAUACCAAACAGAAAUCGAACUGCAGGGCAAUCCUUGGACCAAACUAAAUCAGUAUUCGACAACAACUAUUACAAGCAAAUUAUUUCAGGGAAAGGUGUUUUUGCAUCAGACCAGAGUUUGCUGAAUGACAACAGGACCGGAUUGAUUGUUAAAGCAUAUGCCAAUGACCAAGCUCUGUUCUUCAAGGAAUUUGCUGCUUCAAUGAUCAAGCUCGGAAAUGUUGGUGUCCUUGAAAAAGGAGAAGUUAGACUCAAUUGUAGAGCCGUGAAUUGA